CCUUUCUCUCCACCAACCACACCACUAUAUAAAAACUACAGCCGGCCUCAUCACCCCAAACCCAAAAAUGGCCCUUCCUCUCAUCCUCCUCGCCGCCGCCGCGGCCCUCCUCCUUGCCUACAAGCUCUUCAGCCGCCUCCGCUACAAGCUGCCGCCAGGACCUCGCCCGCUCCCGAUCGUAGGCAACCUCUACGACAUAAAGCCGGUGCUGGUGCGGUGCUUCACGGAGUGGUCCGACAAGUAUGGCCCCAUCUUCUCCGUGUACCUCGGGUCCCACCACAGCGUCGUUGUAAACUCGGCCGCCCUGGCCAAGGAGGUUCUCAAGGACAACGACGUCCAGCUGGCCUACCGCAACCGCACGAGGCAGAUCAACAAGUUCAGCAAGAACGGCAUGGACUUGAUCUGGGCCGACUACGGCCCACACUACGUUAAAGUCAGGAAGCUCUGCACCCUCGAGCUCUUCUCCAUCAAGCGCCUCGAGGGCCUCCGCCCUAUUCGAGAAGACGAGGUCACCGCCAUGGUUGAAUCCAUUUUCAACCACUCUGCCAAGCCUGAAAACAAGGGCAAGGCUGUGGUGCUGCGUGACUACUUGGGAAUGAUGGCCUUCCUGCACAUAACAAGGCUAACUUUUGGGAAACGGUUCAUAGACUCAAAUGGUGUGAUUGAUGAGCAAGGCCAAGAACUGAAGUACAUUCUCAACAACGCAAUCAUGUUGGGCACCAAGAAAUCGGCUUUCGCAGAGUUCCUUCCGUGGCUCAGCUUCUUGUUCAAGGAGCAGAACGAGGCCCUCGCUGCCCACGACGCCCGCGCCAGUAGCUUCACCACGAGGAUCAUGGAGGAGCACGCGGUUUCAUUUUAUAUGCCUGUCACUUUCUCUUUGUUCCUGCUGCGUGGCGAUCAGUUGGACCUUUGA